AUGCAUCGGGAUCUUAUUGGAUCAAAUAAUGUUCUUAAAGUGUGUAUAUGCACAUAUAUCCGUUUAUUUACAUUAUAUGACGUGUCGAGAGGGCCACCAACAACCUACAAAGAAGAGAGAAUGAUAGUCAAAAUAGCUAUUGACGGUGGAAGGUUCGGGCCAAUGAACCUAUAUAAUGAUAAAGUCAAAGAUCUAGACAAGUCAAAAACAAACGAGAAAGAGGAGUUAUGUGGAAAGAGAAUAAACUUCCAUCUAAACGAUGCGUUCAUGCGCAACCAAAACCCCGCCGUGCAGGCGCGGACCAAGGCCCAGAACCGCGCCAGUGUUCUCCAGCUCAAGCUGAUUGGACAAAGUCAUCCAACUGGUUUAACGAACAAUCUCUUGAAGCUCUUCGAGCCUCGACCCCCAUUGGAAUACAAACCACCUCCGGAGAAAAGAAAAUGCCCACCAUACACAGGAAUGGCUCAAUUCAUAAGUAAAUUCGCUGAGCCAGGGGAUCCUGAAUAUGCUCCACCAGUACCUGAAGUUGAAACCCCUGCAGAAAAAAAGGCUAGAAUUCACAAGAUACGUCUUGAGAAGGGUGCUGAGGAGUUUAAGACAUACAAUGCAAACAAUGAUCCUAACAUUUCAGGAGAUCCUUACAAGACAUUGUUUGUUGCUAGACUUAACUAUGAGACAACUGAAAGUAGAAUUAAAAAGGAGUUUGAAUCUUAUGGACCAAUAAAGUGGGUUCGUUUGGUCACAGAUAGAGAGACCAAUAAGCCCAGAGGCUAUGCUUUCAUCGAGUACGUGCAUACUCGAGAUAUGAAAGCUGCAUACAAGCAAGCUGAUGGGAGGAAAAUUGAUGGCAGGAGGGUGCUUGUUGAUGUCGAACGUGGCAGAACUGUCCCUAAUUGGCGCCCUCGAAGACUAGGUGGGGGACUUGGAACCACCAGAGUUGGAGGUGAAGAAGCUACUCAGAAGAAUUCUGGGAGGGAGCAACUUCAAUCUGGGGGUCCAUCUCGAUCUGAGGAGCCAAGGAUACGAGAUGAUCGAGAUAGGGAAAAAUCACGUGAGAGGGGAAGGGAGCGAGACAAGGAACGUGAGAAGUCCCGUGAGCACUCCAAUGACAGGCCAAGAGAUCGUGAUUAUAGAGAGGAUAGGCAUCACAAAGACAGAGAUAGGGAGAGAGAACGGGGUCGUGAUCGUGAACAUGAUCGGGUACGUGACCGUGGUCGAGAGCGGGAUCGUGCUCGUGAUUGGGAUAGAGACCGUGGACGAGAGCGUGACCGUGUUCGUACUCGAGAUAGGGAGAGGGAUUAUGAAGCUGGUGAAACUGACCGCAAUCGUUCUCGUGAUAGAGAGCCCGAGCAUGAUCUUGUUGAGUCAAAACAUGAGCGUGAUCGACAUGGUGAAAAAGUGUAUGAUCUUGCUGAGCCAGAGGAUGAUCACCGGUGGUAUGAACAAACUGACUAUGGGCACAGGAGGUCAGACCUGGAACAGGACCAGCACUAUGAUCGCUAUGACCAUCGAGAUCGGGGACAUUAUGACCGCAUGGAAAUCCAUGGUGAUGAUGAUCGUUAUGAUCAAAUGGAGGAGGAUGAUUACCAGUAUGAUCAAGCAGCACCUGAGUCACGUGAAAGGGAUAGGACCCGGGAACUGGAUCGUGAAUAUCAGCGCUCAGAGAGAUCACUUUCCAGAGAAUAUGAUCACUGAGGUUGCUUUUGAGCUUGCAAUUACUUUGGCUAGGUUAAUGAAGACACUUCUUAUGGUCAGUGGAUUUGAACUCUUUUUACGCUUAGGUAUGUAAAAUCCCCUGCAGUGGUAUGUGGUCUCUGCCCGAGAUGUAUUAGCUUUGAAUUUACCUUUAUUCGUGGUUCUGUUUGUUGUUCAAACUUAUCCUGUUUGUUUAAAGUUUUUCAAGACAUCUAUUUAAGAGCAUUCACUUGCAAUCGGUUA